AUGCAGCCCCAAAGCUCCUCUCGUCCGUAUAUCCCCAACGUCACUGAUCUGUACGCAGAGAUGGCACGUCCGGCCGAAGUCAAAGAGCUCCUCUCAUUGCCGAAUGAGCUGCUUAUCCACAUCCUCAAUUCAUUGCCAACGCCUGAUCUGCUGCCGCUGACUACCGUGGCUCACCGAUUCUAUGCCGUCAUCCUCCGCAUCGUUCACAACCGUCUGAUAGCCGCCGCCAACCUGCAUGAGCGGAAUCACACGCUCCUGCUCGAGUGCUACCACCCCAGCGCCAAGCUUACAGAACCGCCUUUGUAUUGCCGAUACCUGGGCACAAACGGGCUCGAAGUCCCUGACCCCGACUUCGAUGAGGAGGACCUAGUCGGGCGACUUGGAUAUUUGCGUCACCGAUACUCGCGGUUCCGACCGUAUCGAGAGGGCCCCGAGGCACGCUCUGCACGGACACGACCUGGCGAUAUCCCCGGAUCGCGGACGCAUCCGUCCACCUCUGAGCCCCAAUACACCGGUGGUGGCUACAAUGACGAUGAGCUCGUCCGGCAAGUGCUCUCGCUGGACAGCGAAGAGCGUUUCACGCAGCUCUGUGCCGUGAUCAACCUGGUCAAGCUUGGCCCACGCCGUGGCUUAUUCCGCAGCUUUGUGGAAGUCGAGGAUAGUGUUUUGAGGGUCUUUCGAGAAUGGCUGCAGGAGGUGGCAUUGCCGGCAGCGAGUCACAUACCCGAUUUACAAGCCUCGUCAGGCGUGAGCACGUCCGGAAAGGGCAAAGCGACGCUGAGUGACCAAGACAUAGCCGAUGGCAAGCGGCUGCUUUGGGUGGGUUCCGCGAAGAAUGUAGGACUGAAGUUUCGUGUGAGAGAGCGCAAGCUCAGACGAGACACGCCCAUACUCAUCCGCGCGGAUGAAGAGACGGCCGUCAGCUACGACAUUGAGUACGAAG